AAUUAUUAAAAGAGCUGUUUAAUGUUGUCACAAGUAGCAAACAGAUUUGAACGAUUUAAUAUUAAAUUUCCUUUUAGCUAAUAAAUGUAAAUGUAUAGCUAAAUAAAUUACUGUCCAUGCGUGAAUAAUUCUGGGUCAUCCUAAACUGCUCGUGUGUGAGAUUUUUUUCUAUUACAAAAUGAAAGCCUCGUGUGGUGUCUGACAGGGUAGGAAUAAAUGACUGUCCAGCUUGCUUGUGAGCUGCACAUAGAGCAAAAGCACUAUGCAGAAUUACAGGCAAUUAAAACUAGCAGGAUUAUUGGUUGAAUUCUUUAAUAGGAUAGAUGUAAACAGCCAUCAGAGAAGACUUCUGCCGAAGGGCUGGAUUAGAGAAUAGCCAGGGUUGGAAGGGAGCUCCGGAGAUCAUCCAGCCCAACCCCCCUGCCCAGGCAGGCUCACCUAAAGCAGUGACACAGGAAUGAGUCCAUCCACUUUAAUCACAGAUAAUUAUGGGAUGUGCUGCUCAUUGCUGUGCUGUGUCAGGAGAUGGAUUGGGACCAGUUUGACUUGAACCCUAGAACAAUUGCUGCCCUGAAAAAAGCUGACAUAAAAUCAGUAAAAGAGAUUUUAAACCUGUCUGGAGCAGACUUGCAGAGAUUGCUGAAGCUCUCCAGUGCAGACAUCCAGUGCCUGCUGAAAACAGUCUCUCACACACUCAGGAGGAACAGCAUGCUCACAGCACUUCAGCUCUACCAAGAUAAAGAACAUUUCACCUCCCAGCACCAGAAGCUGAGCCUGGGAUGUCCAGUGCUGGACAGCUUGUUAAAAGGAGGCAUUCCUUUGGUGGGAAUCACAGAGCUGGCUGGGGAGAGUUCUGCUGGGAAGACUCAGAUUAGUUUGCAGCUGUGCCUGUGUGUGCAGUACCCUUACAAGUAUGGUGGCUUAGAGUCUGGAGCUGUCUACAUUUGUACAGAAGAUGUUUUCCCAAGCAAACGUUUGCAGCAGCUCAUAGACCAACAGCAUAAGCUGCGUGCAGAUGUUCCAGCUGAAAUCAUACAGAAGAUCAGAUUUGGAAACAAUAUUUUUGUUGAGCAGGCAGCAGACCUGGACACGUUCCAGCAGUGCCUGACGAGGAGGCUGUCCCUGCUGCUGGCGCGGGGCAUGGCGCGCCUCGUGCUCAUCGACUCCAUGGCCGCGCUGUUCCGCGCAGAGUUUGGCCCGGCUGACGCUGCCCUGAAGGCUCGAUACCUGCAGGCCUUUGGGGCUCAGCUGCACAGCUUGAGCACCAGGUUCAGGACUCCCAUCGUGUGCAUUAACCAGAACCCAGGUCAGCUGCAAAUCUGUUUUUGUGCUUCAGGUGACGGAUGCAGUGAGCGAGUCGGAAGCUGCUCAGUGCAGUUGCAGGGCAGUGGGCAGCAGAGUCACUCCAGCCCUUGGAAUAACCUGGUCCAACCAGCUGCUGAUGAGGCUGAUGGCCCGGCGGCUGUGGCUGCCCGGCCACUCCCCUGCAGCGGCAGCACCCGGAGCUGGCAGCAGGAGGACUUUAAGUGUUGUUUUUGCUCCCCAUCUCCCUCCAUCCUUUUGCUACUAUACAGUACAGCUGGAAGGUGUAAAAGGAAUAAAGUAACACUUUUGCAUAGUAAAGCCUCCUGCUCCAAAAAUGUACCAGGACUUUGCUUCAGGAGAAUUACUGGUGAAAUGCAAUUGUUCCUAGAUGAGAGAAACUGAUGGUGAGGUACAUGAACAAUGGUAUGGCUACAUUUAGCCUUGUCUGCUUUGUGCAAGGUGAUCUUUUUACUCUUGGAUACUCAGCUUUUCCUUGUGAGAUGAGUAUCCUGAAGGUUCUGAAGAAAAGGGAAGCUGUGGGCAGGUGGAGGCUGCACAGUGGAGUGGGAUGUAGCAAUCCCCACGAUGGGGGAGAUCUGAUGUCUAAUUUUAUUUUAGUAGCAUGCUCAUCUAGAAACAGCAUUUAUUGUAGUUUUGUACCCUGUUUCCAGACCCAACAGGCCUUGAAAUUCAACCACUUUAUGUUGCCUGCUGGUGGUUCUGGGUCUCAUGCUGCCAAUUAAGAUAGCCAUUCUUUGUCACAAAGCAGCUGUCCUAUUUUAAAAUCAUUUGUUAUUAAGAUUUUAAAGAAAAUAAUCCCAUAAAGGUACUUUAACAUAUUACUCUAAGAAUUAAAAUUGCACUGCCUUUGUACUAGAUGAGUGUAUCUAGCUUCACAGCACUCCUUAAAAUGUUUUAAUGGUUCAUUUCCAUUAUUUUCCUGCUUUCUAGUCCCUUCCCUUCAUAGCAAAAGCCUCUUUAGUCUCUUUUAUUUGAAGGACAGCAAACCACAUCCCCCAUCCCCUUGUUCUCUUUGCCCAUUGCAGAAGCUGUGUAGCCUCAGGGCAAGCUCUCUGUGUUCUCCCUGAUGCUCUGCCCUGCUCUGUGUUUUGCUAAAUCAGCAUUCUUCAUGGGCUGCUGGAUUGCUGCCUCUCAUGUCCUGUGUCCCUGCUGCUGGGCUCUCAGCUCAGCCAUGAUCCUGAAGGGCACCUUCAGCUCUUUUCAUCCAGUCAGCUGCUAUUGCUCUUCUGAGGUGAUUUUUGUUGUUCAGUUACAACAUCACAUGGGCUUUCUUCCUGUCUUUGUGCUAUUUGUCUCAUUUUUCUGCUGUCCGCAGCUCACUGCCAUGGCAUCCACUCUUCCUAUGGCUGAAUUUUUCCUUUGCUCUGUUCCAUGUGAAAGCAAGCCAGGUGGAGUUACACUGUCCAGAGGCCUCUGUUGUGUGGGUGCCUGCUCCCAUCAGUGAGUGAUGCUCAUUUGUAUCACACACUCAUCAAGCUCUCACCUUUCCCCUCCUCCUGCUGGCCCCAACAGGAACUCCACAUGUUUCUAUGGGGUGACAUUGCUCAGGUCUCUUUUGGCCAGGAACCCUGUGUUUGUGAAAAGCUGCCUCCUCUGCCUGUCCCCAGUCACACUCCUUCAGGACAUUCAUCCUCUUUCCAUGUGGAAGCAUGCAGCUGGGUAGCUGAAAGCUUUGUCUGGCUGUAAACUGCCUCAGCUGAACUGUGGCAGAUUUCUCAAGGGACAACUGAGUGUGACUCAAGGAGAAGAGACCCUGAGUGACUGCCUGGGGAAGUUCCAGAGGAGAACAGGCACAGCUUGAAGCUGAAGGAAAGAGAUUGUAAGCAAGCAGAAAGGAUGAGUUGCUUCCAGUGCCCUCUGUAACCCCUUCAGAUGUCUCAGGGGCCCUUGUGCAAAUAGCACAAGUUGUGUCUAAAUCAUUUUUCUAAAAUGUCUUAAUUCUCUGUAUUUGGAACACAGCUUCUUUUAAUAAAAUCUAACCAUGAAGCUUAGAAACCUUUGUGUCCUCUAAGGAAAAAGUGACAAGCAGGGCCACCUCUUCCCUAAAACCCUUACUCCUUCUGUGCCUCCUCCCUAACAACCUCAAUAAAGGUCAACUAAUGCAGCACAGGUGACACUCCAGUCCUCUUCUGUUCCUGCCCUGUGCAUCUGGGCUGGAACUGCAGCCAAGGCAGUGAUCAUCCCAUUGUGUGACUGGGAAAGGCAGCCACACAGAGAUGCAGCUGAUUCACAGAGUCAUCAAACCCUACCUGCAUUUUCAUGUACAAAGAGCCACAUCAAAUGCUGGGCUCCAAUCCCAGGAGUUUGCCUUGCUGUGAGCAAUGUCCAGAACUGUGUGAAACCCCCAAAGGCUCAGUCAUAUUUUGAUAUUUUGAUCAAAAUAUGAGUCAGGGGUAUUUUGAUCGCUCUUUUUUGCAACUUGCAAAUGCUUGCUGGAACAGCCCUGAAGCGUUAUAAGUCACAGAUGGGUCUGCAAUCAAAGUUCUAGUUUACCUUGUGAAAAACAUUUUUACCAACAAACAGAAAUAACAUUUUGCCUGCUCAAGUGUUGUGUCAUUACCCCAUUGGUUUGUUGGUUAUUUCUCUCCAGCUGAGGCAGAGUACAUUACUGUUUGUCUCCUGCCUCACAAGCACACACAAACCCUGCAAUCUCAAAUGCAGCUGAGCCCCACUGAGGCUCACAGCCAACACUCAAUCACUCCAGCUCCAGCCCCCUCCCUCAGUCCCACCCCCAGCACAGCCCAGGAUGUCUACCUGACCCAAGGGCAGCUUUGGGGCUGCAAACCCUCACAGGAACCCACCACAGCAGCUGUUGAAGCCUUGUGUCAAAUGUGCUGAAAUGUGCUUAAGUUUUUAAUAAAAGCAAAUUAAGAACCUU